AUGUCGUUCUUGUUUGGCCGAGCACGGUCUCGAGCCGCUGCCGAUCUGCCCAAGCAAGCCCGAGAACAUGUUGCAAGGCUCGAAGGCCCCAACGGAACCUCAAAGGCAGAAGAGCUCGCCCGCGUCCUGAAUCAAAUGAAACUCGUUCUACAGGGCACACAUGAGACCGACAGCUCCCCAGAACAAAUCUACCAACUCGUCACAGGUCUCAUCGACGAGGACCUCCUCCACCUUCUCGCAGUAAAUCUAUACCGCCUGCCCUUUGAAUCUCGAAAGGAUACCCAAGUCAUCUUCUCCUAUGUCUUUCGCUUCCGGCCGGCCGCUGCAGCCCCGAAGAGCGAUCCGAUAGCUCUGUCUUACGUUGUCUGCAACCGUCCGCAAGUACUUAUUGAACUCUGUCGAGCCUACGAUCACAAGGAGAGCGCUACCCCCGCUGGAUCCGUCCUCCGCGAGCUGCUGAAGAAUGAGGCUGCCGCCGCCAUCAUUCUCCACGACGAUGGCGAUGCACCAGGGUCCAGUGCCAAAGGCCUCAACGCAAUUGAUCGUGACAGGCCACAGAGCGGCAGAGGCGUCUUUUGGAGGUUCUUUGAUUGGAUCGAUAAGAGCUCCUUUGAAGUCGCCGCCGACGCUUUCACUACCUUCCGAGAACUCCUGACCCGCCACAAGGAUCUCGUCCCUCGUUACCUCUCCGUCAACUUCGACCUCUUCUUCGACAAGUACAAUAGUACUCUUGUACAGUCAAACAGCUAUGUCACCAAGAGGCAAUCAAUCAAGCUCCUUGGCGAGAUCCUGCUGGAUCGCUCCAACUACAGCGUCAUGACGGCGUAUGUAGAUCGGGGUGACCACCUCAAGAUAUGUAUGAAUUUGCUCCGCGAUGAUAGGAAGAUGGUUCAGUACGAAGGAUUCCACGUUUUCAAGGUCUUUGUGGCCAACCCCCACAAGUCCAUUGCUGUUCAGAAAAUACUGCUCAUGAACCGCGAGAAGCUCUUGACCUUUCUCUCGCACUUUCUCGAAGACCGUACCGAUGACGAGCAGUUCAUCGAUGAGCGAGAGUUUCUCAUCAAGCAAAUCAAAAACAUGCCGGCUGUUCCAGUUCCUCCAAAGCGAUAG